UGCGAUAUAUUUUGAUAGUUCCAAGUGAUUGUAUGUUGUUGUUUGACAUUGUGAAACAUUGUGCGUGAUUAAAUAAUCAACAAUAACAACAAAUAACGUUUUUGUUUUUUGAUUUAUGAUUAAAAAAAUUUUAUUUUAUUUUGGCGCCGAUAGCUUGAUGGAUCAUACCAUCCAUCAUCGAUGAUCAAUACGGAUAAUGUACCAUCUACAGUGUAUGUGUUGAAAUUUUUUCCUUUUAACUACUAUCAAAUACACAAAAUCUUGAGGUUUUUUUCAAAAAAAAAAAAAUAAGUAUAUCAUCUCAUAUGGAAAAUGACUCUUGAUUGCCGAUUUGCUUGUUCAUAAUAAUAAUUAUUGAUAAAUUUGAUCAGACCGAUCAGUGAUCAAUGAUCAUAGAGUAUCAUCAAUACAAAUGAAUUAAAUCAAAAAAAAAUUGAUUCAUCAAUCAUUAAAAUAAACACCCUACAUCGACACAUCACGACCUAUACACACGCCCAUCAAAAUUGACGAAAACAUCCUAUGUCCAUCGUAUGAUCAUUUAUAUUGAAUAAAUUGACUGACAACUUGUUACAAACAUUGACAAUUUUCAUCCAAAACAACAAAUUCACUCAUUUUGUAUUUGUGAAAAACAUCGUAACCAGUUUUCAUGAUGAUGAUGAAAAAAUCUUUAGCCAUAACGGCUCAUCGUUUUAUUUUUGCUAGAAAUGUACGUUUGACCGAUCUAGUUAAACAUCGUACAAUGAUUUCUGUUGCUUAUCAAAAAGGCCAUUUUGAAGGUGCCGAAAGUCUUGGUUGUCAAACGACAAAAACAUCGUUCAAUACCGUUUCGAGUCGUGGCCUUACAAAUCUUAGUGCAGCCACACUCAGUGAUUCUGUUAAGAAAUUCAUCGAGGACAAAGCACGAGUCUGUAAACCGGAUCAGAUUCAAAUUUGUGAUGGCUCCGAAACGGAAAAUCAACAAUUGAUUGAUUUGAUGGUCAAACAGGGAAUGCUUGAAAAGCUGCCAAAAUAUGAAAAUUGCUGGUUGGCAAGAACCGAUCCAGCCGAUGUAGCCCGUGUUGAAUCCAAGACGAUCAUUUCAACAGUAAACAAACGUGACACAAUUCCUAUACCAAAAGAAGGUGUAGAAGGUACAUUGGGCAAAUGGCUUUCACCAGAAGAUUUACAAAAAGCUUUGGAUGAACGAUUUCCUGAUUGUAUGAAAGGUCGUACCAUGUAUGUUAUACCGUUUAGCAUGGGGCCAAUCGGUUCACCAUUAUCAAAAAUUGGAAUUCAAUUGACCGAUUCUCCAUAUGUGGUUGCAUCAAUGAGAAUCAUGACGAGAAUGGGAGAAGCAGUUUUAAAAACUUUAGGCGAACGGGAAGAUUUUAUUCGCUGUCUUCAUUCGGUUGGAUGUCCAUUGCCAUUACAGCGGCCAUUAAAACAGAAUUGGCCUUGUAAUCCUGAAAAAACAUUAAUUUCACAUAUUCCAGAUAGAAAUGAAAUCAUUUCAUUUGGUUCUGGUUAUGGUGGAAAUUCAUUAUUGGGUAAAAAAUGUUUCGCUCUUCGAUUAGGAUCAAUUCUAGCUAAACGUGAAGGAUGGUUUGCUGAACAUAUGCUAAUCUUGGGCAUUACUAAUCCUCAAGGUAUUAAACGAUACGUAGUGGCCGCUUUUCCAUCCGCUUGUGGUAAAACAAAUCUGGCCAUGUUAACACCAACAUUACCCGGCUAUAAAGUUGAAUGUGUCGGUGAUGACAUUUCAUGGAUGCGUUUCGAUAAAAACGGCGUUCUACGUGCAAUCAAUCCAGAAUAUGGUUUCUUUGGUGUUGCACCUGGUACUACUAAUAAAACCAAUCCUAAUGCUAUGAAAACUAUCUCAAGAAAUACUGUAUUCACUAACGUUGCCAAAACAUCUGAUGGUGGUGUCUAUUGGGAAGGGUUGGAAGAUGAAAUCGAUCCAAAUGUGAAGAUUACCUCCUGGUUAGGUGAAGAAUGGACCAAAGAUAGUGGAAAACCAGCAGCACAUCCAAACUCGCGUUUCUGUACUCCAGCUGGCCAAUGUCCAAUAAUCGAUUCAUGUUGGGAAGAUUCACAAGGUGUACCAAUCAGUGCAAUUAUUUUUGGUGGACGUCGUCCCGAAGGUGUACCACUUGUUUACGAAUCAUUUGAUUGGAAACAUGGUGUUCUUGUUGGAGCAUCAUUACGUUCCGAAGCAACUGCAGCUGCUGAACAUAAAGCUAAAGUUAUAAUGCAUGAUCCAUUUGCAAUGCGACCAUUUUUCGGUUAUAAUUUUGGCCAUUAUCUGGAUCAUUGGCUAAGUUUUGCUGAAAAACCAGGACUACAACUUCCAAAGAUAUUCCAUGUAAAUUGGUUCCGCAAAGAUAAACAAUCUGGUAAAUUUUUAUGGCCAGGAUUUGGCGAAAAUUGUCGAGUGCUUGAUUGGAUCAUACGACGUGUGGAAAAUGAAAACAUUACUAUGGAUUCACCAAUCGGUUAUCUUCCAAAAAGAGAUUCAUUCCGUGCUGAAGGGCUAGAUAUUGACUAUGAUAAAUUGUUCGAUGUACCUAAGGAUUUUUGGAAACAAGAAGUCACCAGUAUUCGCAAAUAUUUUGACGAACAAGUUGGUGAAGAUUUGCCCAAAGAUAUGAAUGAACAAUUGAAUAAAUUGGAACAACGUCUCAAUCAAUAAUGAUGAACACGAAUUUCAACAGACAAUUCAAAACAUACCAUCGUUGACAAACGAAUUUUUCCUUAUCUAUUCUAAUGAAAUCCGACUAUGUACCUAAUGAAAAAAAAACAAUUUAUUGAUUAUGAUUUUAAAUCGAAUAAAAAUUUUAUUACGUUUUGUAAAUUUGA